AUGGCGUCGGGGUGCUGGUGCGGGGAUGCCAAGCCUCUGUGCUCGGCUAAACAGCCUUUGCCUUGCAGGCCCCAAAACCUGAUUGCACAGAGCCGGUCAGGGACAGGGAAAACGGCAGCUUUUGUGUUGGCAAUGUUGAGCAGAGUUAAUGGUGCAGAGAAGUACCCGCAGUGCCUCUGCUUGGCUCCAACCUACGAGCUGGCCCUGCAGAUCGGACAUGUGAUCGAGAAGAUGGGUCAGUUUUGUGCCGACAUCAGGGUUACGUACGCUGUUCAGGGAAACAGAGGGAUUGAUGUGGCACAAGUCACCAUAGUGGUGAACUUCAGCCUCCCUGUUAAUCAGGAGAAGCAGCUGGAUUUUGAGACCUACCUGCACUGCAUUGGGCAAACGGGCUGCUUUGGGAAGAAGGGCAUUGCCUUCAACAUGGUGGAAAGGCAGACCACGUACCUCGUGCACAAACGAACAAAGAACGAACAGGAUACACUCUACAGGUAUGCAAAAUUCCAGUAUGAAUGUGGCAAUUACUCUGGAGCUGCAGAAUAUCUUUACUUCUUUAGGGUUCUGGUUCCAGCUACAGACAGAAAUGCUCUGAGUUCUCUGUGGGGGAAACUUGCAUCUGAAAUUCUGAUGCAGAAUUGGGAUGCAGCCAUGGAAGAUCUCACAAGACUGAAGGAGACAAUAGAUAAUAAUUCAGUAAGCUCUCCGCUGCAGUCGCUUCAACGAAGUACAUGGCUCCUCCUCUGGUCUCUGUUUGUGUUUUUUAAUCAUCCUAAUGGGAGAGACAAUAUCAUUGAUCUCUUUCUCUGUCAACCACAGUAUCUCAAUGCAAUUCAGACAAUGUGCCCACGUCUCCUCCGAUACCUCACUACUGCAGUCAUAACAAAUAAGGAUGUUCGAAAACGUGGACAAGUGCUGAAAGAUCUAGUCAAGGUUAUUCAACAGGAGUCCUACACGUACAGGGACCCCAUUACAGAAUUUGUGGAAUGCCUGUAUGUUAAUUUUGAUUUUGAUGGUGCACAGAAGAAGCUGAGAGAGUAUGAAACAGUGCUUGUGAAUGAUUUUUUCUUAGUGGCAUGCCUUGAAGACUUCAUUGAGAAUGCCCGUCUCUUUAUAUUUGAGACUUUCUGUCGCAUCCAUCAAUGUAUCAGCAUUGGUAUGUUAGCAGAUAAACUAAACAUGACUCCUGAGGAAGCAGAAAGAUGGAUUGUCAAUCUAAUCCGAAAUGCACGAUUAGAUGCCAAGUUGGAUUCAAAGCUGGGCCAUGUAGUUAUGGGCAACAACGCAGUGUCACCCUAUCAACAGGUGAUUGAAAAAAACAAAAGCCUGUCUUUUCGUAGUCAAAUGUUGGCUAUGAACAUUGAGAAGAAACUGAAUCAGAGUGGUAGAUCUGAGGCACCUAACUGGGCUACUCAAGACUCUGGCUUCUACUGAGAAUUCUGCAGAGGGGGAGGAAUCAGUUGUCAUUUGAUUAAAAAGCAUAUGAUAAAUAUGAAAUGUAACCUUUUUGAGAAAAGCUAAUCGUGUGUUCUUAAAAAUUAUUUGAAUAAAAUUGGCUAAUUUU